CCCCCACCCCGAUCCGCUCGCCGGGCGAGAGCGGGUUUCAGCCCGAGGCGACAGAGCGGGAACGCCCGCCCCGACACCUGUCGCCUGUAUUUUACUAUCCCAAUUCCAAGAAUAUACUGGAAAACACCCUUGAAAAACCAAGAGGAAAUCAUGAAGAAAUGUUUUAAUUAUUGAAACGAUGGCUAUGUCUGCAAAUCUGGACAUUGGGGCCCAGCUGAUGAUGGAAGAGUGUCCCAGUAACUACGGUCUCUCUGGCAUGCCAGACAUCAAGAUAGAGCACCAGCUGGACCCAAGCUCAGACGAAGGGUCAGCUCAGGGUGUAGCCAUGGGAAUGAAGUUCAUCCUGCCAAACCGAUUUGAUAUGAACGUGUGUUCUCGGUUUGUGAAGUCCUUAAACGAAGAGGAUAGUAAAAACAUUCAAGAUCAAGUGAACUCUGACCUGGAGGUGGCAUCUGUCCUAUUUAAAGCUGAGUGCAAUAUCCAUACAUCGCCUUCUCCCGGAAUUCAAGUACGGCAUGUCUACACCCCCUCCACAACAAAACAUUUCUCACCCAUAAAACAAUCAACGACUUUAACCAACAAGCACAGGGGAAAUGAAGUCUCUACCACACCUCUGUUGGCGAAUUCUUUGUCUGUUCACCAGUUGGCAGCUCAGGGAGAGAUGCUCUACCUGGCUACCCGUAUUGAACAAGAAAAUGUUAUCAAUCACACGGAUGAAGAAGGAUUUACUCCCCUGAUGUGGGCUGCAGCGCACGGGCAAAUAGCCGUGGUUGAGUUCCUGCUUCAGAACGGUGCGGAUCCGCAGCUUUUAGGAAAAGGCCGAGAAAGCGCCCUGUCGUUGGCCUGUAGUAAAGGCUACACGGACAUUGUCAAAAUGCUGCUUGACUGUGCAGUUGAUGUAAACGAGUAUGACUGGAAUGGAGGGACACCUUUGCUCUACGCCGUCCAUGGCAACCACGUGAAGUGCGUGAAGAUGCUGCUAGAAAAUGGAGCUGACCCAACAAUUGAAACAGACUCCGGAUAUAAUUCUAUGGAUUUAGCUGUAGCUUUGGGCUAUAGAAGUGGUGAGUACUUUAGAGCUCUCAGGCUUCGUUUAGCAAAGCCUUAUGUAUGGUAAAUGCCAGUGGCUCAAAGCUCUUUAAUUGCCUUCAUACAUAAAACAGUGUAUUAUCCUAACUGCAGGCAUAUGCUUUAAUGGAGCAUAAAGUAAACAGAUCCCUGUAGAGC